AUGUCUCCUCAUCGAGAAACCACUGGAGACGAGAGCACCACUACCACCGUGCCCCAGAACGGCACUAAUGGCGCUGCUGCUCCGGAGCUUGUAGCUGUGCCUACCAACGGCGCCGCGGUCAAGGCCCCCGAGACUCUUGCCGUCCAAAAUGGCGCCAAUUCGCGCGUCAAGCCCAUUCAGCGCUCCUCCCAUCUAGUCGCGGCCGAUCUCGACGGCGAAUUCGACCUCAUCUGCGUCGGCUUUGGCCCCGCCAGUCUCUCCGUUGCCAUUGCGCUCCACGACACUCUUGCCGCAGGCAAGAAGCUGCGUCCCGAUGGAUCUUCUCCCAAGGUACUUUUCCUCGAGAAGCAGACUCGCUUUGCUUGGCAUGCCGGUAUGCUUCUUCCUGGAGCCAAGAUGCAGAUUUCGUUUAUUAAGGAUCUGGCCACCCUCCGUGAUCCUCGAUCACAUUUUACUUUCCUCAACUAUCUCCACCAACACGAUCGCCUGGUCGACUUUACCAACCUCAGCACAUUCCUCCCCGCUCGUGUCGAAUAUGAAGACUACAUGAGAUGGUGCUCCGCUCACUUUGAGCACCUUGCUCAAUACGACCACGAGGUUGUGUCGGUCACACCAGCGGUAAAGAAGGCCGACACCGUCAAGCUUUUUGCCGUCGAGGCCCGAAACAAUGUCAAUGGACAGGUGCAGACUUUCCGAGGACGAAACAUCAUGCUGGCCACCGGCGGCAAACCCAGCUUCCCCAAGAGCUUCCCUGUCAAGCACCCCCGCAUUCUGCAUUCCUCGCAGUAUGCGUACAUGGUGCCCCAGAUUCUUACUGACAAGAAUGCCGCCUACAAAGUUGUUGUGGUCGGUGCUGGCCAGAGUGCGGCCGAAAUUUUCCACAACAUUCAGAACCUAUACCCCAACUCGAGUACGCAGCUUGUGAUGCGUCAAGAAUUCCUGAAACCCAGCGAUGACUCGCCCUUCGUUAAUUCCAUCUUCAACCCUGAGUACAUCGAUGCCCUGUUCCCCAAGUCGGCGAAGGGUAGGAGUGAGUUCCUUGUCGACGCUCGUGCGACAAACUAUGGUGUUGUGCGACUGGAACUCAUUGAAGAGCUCUUUGAGCGCAUGUACGCGCAGAAGCGCGUACUUGGCCCGGAUGAGCGUACCUGGCCUCAUAGAAUCAUGGGCUGUCGCCAGAUCAGCAACAUUGAGCCUCACGGAGAUCGUCUCGAGGUCAAGAUUCACGGCCUUUCGGAUGGCGUUGUCAACUCUGCUGAUGAAGAGAUUCUUUCGGCUGAUCUCAUAAUUGCAGCCACUGGCUACCAGCGUAAUGCCCACAUUGACAUGCUCAAGAGCACUUGGGAGAUGCUACCCAAGGCUGUCCCGGGGACUGCCAUGUUCAACAAGGGCGUUACAGGAUGGAAUGUCGACACGGAGCAGGGCGAACGCAAGCUGGCUGUCGGUCGUGACUAUCGCGUCCAGUACAAGGCCGGCUCGGUAGCCGGUGACGCCGGCAUUUGGCUGCAGGGCUGCUGCGAGGGAACCCACGGAUUGAGCGAUACCCUUUUGUCAGUCCUUGCUACGAGGUCCGGCGAAAUGGUCCAGUCCAUUUUUGGAACUGAGCACUAA